AGUAUUUUUUUUGCUUUACAAAGUGUUCAAUCGUCGAGACAAUUGUUUUAAUUAUUUCUAACGAGACACUACUCAGAUUUUUCAUAAUUUUAGAAACGUAGACGUAAAAAAUUGUCUUCGAUGUGAUUAGAGUACAUUUCCAACGUAGCAAUGAACGUAAAUUCUUUGUAGUUUAUAUUUGCUCUUCGUUCGGAUUAGAAAUAGAAUUAUUAUAAUUAACAAUAGCGGUUAAAUUGUUUCAUAAUUAACACCCUACUUGUUUAUUUCAUUUAGAAUAAAAGUGUAACUCUAUAUGUUCUGUAUCCUCAUUGGCCAACAUUAAUCGCCAUUAUUUAUUUUUAACGAUUUACCCAAUAGCCGUUAUCGUCGCAAAAGGGCGGAAAUAGCAAUGGAAUCAAAAAAUAAAAAAUUAUGGGAGCAAACUUUGACUGUAUUUGGAAUAUCUCGAAUUCAUUUCUGAACUAAAUGAAAAUAACUGUCACUUAUCAUCGAAAUUGAUUAAUCCAAGGCAAUAUACAAUGAAAAUAAUGAUCUUUGAUGUCUACGAAUACUGUGCAUUUUCAUUUAAUGAUUAUGAACAGAAGCAAAUUUGCAUUGUUGUUAAAUGAGAAUUCAGCGUAAGUAAAUGCACGUGUCCCAGAAAAUGACGUACCAUUUAUGAGCUUUUACGUUUGUAAAAGGAAGAAUUUACUAGGAGAGACAUGUAAAUCUUACAUUUUCCGUAUCGUAGAACAUUUGUAAGCUUUGUACGAAGCAACGAAGUUUAAAAUGUCUUUAAGAAAAUUUAUGCAUCCUAGAAAUCCAUAUAAAAAAAUUCCGGACUUUAAACAUCUCGCACUGUCAUAUCCAUCAUUCUGUAAUAUUGCGAAUAUAGAUCUAACUGGCAAAGUGAAAAUAGACUUCAAAAAUGGAGAAAGUCUGCGUGUACUGACAGAAGUACUGUUAAAACAUGACUUUAAUUUAGAAGUAAAAAUACCUCCAAAUAAAUUGGUGCCAACUUUGCCAUUACGGUUGAAUUAUGUUUUGUGGAUCGAAGAUUUAAUAAAACAUUCUUCUUUCUGUGAAAUGAAAGAAACCAUUGGCAUAGAUAUUGGCACUGGUGCGGUUUGUAUAUACCCUUUAUUAUUUGCAAAAAUGUAUGGAAAUCGGAUGAUUGGUACAGAAGUUGAUGAAACAAGUAUUCAAACAGCCAUUCAACAAGUUGAAAAUAACAACCUGCAGCAUUUAAUAAAAGUAUUGAAAGUAGAUGGACAAACAACCUUCAAGGAUAUUGUGAAAGAAGGAGAAACCUACCAUUUCACAAUGUGUAAUCCUCCUUUUUUUGAAACAGAAAGAUCAGAGAGAAUAAUAAAAUGUCUGCCACCCAGAAACGCUCCAACUGGAAACAAGGCUGAGCUUACAAUUCAAGGUGGUGAAAGAGCAUUUGUAACACAGAUGAUUGAUGAAAGUUCAGAAAUGAAAGACAAAAUAAAAAUUUAUACCACAAUGUUUGGACGAAGAAGUAACUUGUUGUUUCUGUUGAAGUUGCUAAAAAGACGAAAAAUAGAGAAUACUACAUGGACAGAAUUUUGUCAGGGUCACACCAAACGAUGGGGCUUAGCUUGGACAUUUUUACCAAAAGAUGUGAUUGACUUGACAACUGCAUCAGUUAUCAGGAAAAGUGGAGAUUACAUUGCAAAGUUAUUAAAAGAAAAGCGCCCGACUGAGAUACAAUUUCCAAUGCAAGAUAAAUUUUCUUCUUUUGAUAACUUGAUCAAUUUCCUAGAGGAGUCAAUGGAAGAAUUACAUAUACAUGUCAAGGAAUUGAAUUUACCCAUUGAUGAUUUCAAUGGUUGGUCGUGUCAGUUAGUCGCAGAAAAUGAUUCUUGGUCACAUGCACGUAGAAAACGUCGAUUGGCUCAAAGACAGAUGAACCAAUGUGAAGAUCAUAAUAUAAAUAGUAAUGCCGAUUGUUCUGAAAAAAAUACUGUAGAGGAAUUGAAUCAAGGUGACGCAAAAAUUGCCAGUGACCAAAUACAUGAUCAAAAUUGUUCUCAUACUACAGAUCCAUUCCUGGUAUGCAAUUUCUUUGUUGAACUGGUAGAACAUGAAGAGGACUCUGAGAGAGACAGUAUAAGAAUAUCUAUGAUAUUCGAAAAAGGAAGCGGUGGCAGGAAUGCUUUGGAAACGUUCAAACAAUAUUUAAUAAACAAAUUGGAUGUUCGAGAUCAUUUUCAGAAGCAACACAUAGCGUUGCAAAGAAAGAAACGAAAAAGACUAAAGAAAAACGAAAGCGUCACGUGUGACAACGAUAUGAAUCAAAGCGGAAGUUCACAUGAACAGAACGUGGAAUCUUGUUAAAUCGUUCAUUUGAGUUACGUACAAAAUGAUUUAUUUUAUGCCUAGAUUUGACGAAGUUACCUAACAGAUCCUCAAUGAUGAUCGAGUGAAAGAAACCUCUUUUGAUGCGAUACAUGUGGUGAGAUAAAAACAAAACAAUAGAGCUAUCCUUGUUGAAUACAAUACAGACACUUGUAUUUCUUACUGGUCUCUCAUGCGUUUAGAAUCGUUUCGUAACCGUUGUAAGAAAGCUCCAACUGAUGAAAAUUUAUCAAAGAUAUGUAUUCAUGUAUUUGUGCUGAACUCAACAAGUUCGACCAUGUGUUAGUACAGGUUAAAACAACGUUACAUGUUCUCAUGCGUUUUAAUUCGUGCACCGAGCUCAUAGAGCUCACAUCGAUGGCAAUCGAUAAAAUGGAAAAAUGACAGUGACGUCUAAAUGGCACGAAACAGUGAUCUCAAAUAUGUACUAAUAAAAUAGACUAUCGAAAACGUACAAAAAAAAAGAAAAAAAAACGAUUGACUUAUAUUCUACAAUAAUAAACGUCCAUUACUUGUUUUACAGAAAUCGUUGUACCGUUUGAUUUUUCUCGGUACCUCGCGUUUCGCUUGAAUUUAGCAACACUUGUGUAGUACGCUGAAACUGACGCUAAUCAUUUAUUUUGUCGUUUAAUAGAGGUGUGACGUGUGAAUAAUGCCGAUGAAGGCUUUGCCGUCACAUAGUACGAUUAAUUGAGCCCUUAGGAGAAAACAA